CAGACACUUAAACCCUGCAAUCCCCUCCAUUUUCUGAGAACAGUCCCUACUUCGCGCGGAACAGUUUCCGUUAGUGCCUGUAUUCGCAUUCUUAAUCUAUUAGGAGCUGGUCUCUUGAUCGUGCCGCUCAUUACAGCUUCGCGGCUAAUUGUAUUUUUUUUGCGAGGCGAAGCAAUUCGGUUUUCGUUAAGUAUAUUUAGUUUAUACGCGUUGAACGCGCUCGAAACGUCUUACGCUGCUCUUUUGAACGUCUCGGUACGUGUUCGGUCUGGUUACCGUUGUUACUUUCGCGUGUUUAAAGUUCCUUUCGCAUUCUUUGUCGCCAGACGCGUUUCACAAAGCAUUUCUUGUGUACAUAUUCCACAGAACACCGGUAUCACAUCGUAUGCAUUAUAAUCUGACCGGUUUCUGGCUUAAUUUACGGUUUUCGUUGUUCCAUCUUUAUUCUCCCGUCACUUGCUGAAAUCGUACUGGAAUUGAAAUUCAGAACACAACACCAAUCUAUUCUUAAUCCCCUGUUAAGCUUAAUUUACAGCUUCCUUUCUUGCGUGCACGCAGUGUUUCGCGUGCCGAUUCUCGCAUUAUAUUCCACUGUUCCCUGUUUAUCCCGGACGACUGUUUGAAACAUGUCGCUCGUUAAGAGAACGUCCUUCGUUGACCAGGUUAUUCAGUACAUUGAAACCAACAAUGGUCAGGGAAAUUUUGACCGGGACUCUAUUCUUGUCUCUCUUGGCUAUGCAGCUAUUUUAUCUUUUUGCAUGAUCGCUGCCUUCAGUAUCCUUCGACCAGGUUUCCGGAACGUGUAUGCACCACGUUUAAAUAAAAAACGGCAGGAUCCAGCGAUUCCACACAUUGGUAACAAGCCCUGGGAUUGGAUAAAACCUCUGUACGAUGUUCGAGUAGAGGAGACUCUCGAUAGCAUUGGCCCCGAUGCUACCAUCCAUUUACUCUUUUCGCGUAUGUGCAGGGAUCUCUUCUUCUUCCUGUCUAUCUUUGGCUGCAGUAUUCUUAUUCCCUUGAAUGUGAUUGCGACCAACCGAAGCACUUCAGCUGUUGACAACACCAACGCGUAUGCUCGUGUCUCUAUCCAAAAUGUGAAGGGACAUUGGAUGUGGGGACACGUUGUUACCACCUAUCUCGUGAACAUUAUUAGCAUCUGGAUCAUUUCACGGUAUUACCGCAUUGUAACUCAGGUUCGUCAGCGCUACUUCCGUAGCAAGACCUACCAUGACACAAUCUAUGCGCGUUCCAUUCUCGUCGCUGAUCUUCCUGUGGCUUUCCGCUCUAACACGGGUCUCAUCGCUUUGUCGGAUCGUUUCCGUGAUCCACAAACACCUUUGUAUGUACAUAUUUGUCAUGCAGUGAAAAAGAUUCCGGACAUGCUGGAGAAGCAUACUGCCUUGGUGCGUUCGCUCGAGUCUGUGUUAUCAAAGUAUUUUAAGAAUCCAGAUAAGAUUCCAGAGAAACGCCCUGUUUAUAAGAAAAAGAAGUUCUUUCUGUUCACCAAGGAGAAGCACGAUGCCAUCAAUUAUUACACUGAGAAAAUCGAGACUGUGGAACUGAAACUGAACAUUGCUCGUGCGUCUGUUCGUGAAAAUGAGUAUGAGAUGUACGGUUUCAUCACGUAUGCCUCUCCUUUCAUAGCCCAUGAGCUUGCCCGAAAAAACAAGAAGGUUAAGGGUAUCAUUUGUCUCCCAGCACCCAUGCCCGAAGACAUCAUUUGGAAGAACUUGGCGACACCUUGGAGUACACGUUUCUUGAACAGAUGCAUAGGAUUUUUGAUUUACAGUGUCGUUCUUGUUGUUUGGAUUUUCCAGACCGCUCUUAUUGCAACUUUCGUUGCAAACUUCCACAACAUUGGUAGUUUGUGGCCAUGGUUUGGUCGCCAAUUGCAGAAAAACUCUGGUUUUUGGUCUUUGGUUCAAGGUGUGUUGGGUCCCAUUCUUACUGCCCUCACUUUUAUGUUCCUUGAGUUCUUGAUGCGAUACCUUGCUGUGUGGCAGGGAAGUUUCACACAGUCUGCUCGCGAACGUAAUGUGCUUCAUAAGCUGCAUGUUAUUUUCACUGUCGACAAUUUUAUUAUCUAUACUUUGUUUACGGUUAUUUUCCAAAUUGUACUUCUCGUGUUUGCUACUGCUGCCAAGGAAGGUAGUCUGAGUAAGGGUUUGGACACUUUGAAAGGCUAUGAUUUUGUUGGAAAGAUCGUUUCUUCCGUUGUGCAGGUUGCAAGUUUUUGGAUUAUGUAUAUUGCACAUGCAACCUCCGGCUACGUGAUGGAUAUGGCCUUGUUGCCUAACUUGGUAAUUCGUUUGCUGAAGUCCAAGUUCUUGUCACCAACGCCCCGUGAGUUCUUCGAGUGGAUGUCGCCCGACCCUCAAAACUAUGCUAUUCGCUUAAACCAGCUGCUGUUUUACUUCACCAUCGCUAUCUCUUACGCAUCCAUCAACCCUCUUGUUCUGCCGUUUGCCUUCGUCUUAUUCUGUGCAAACUACUUUUCGCAAAAGUAUCUUAUGCUGUACGCAUGCGAAACGCCUACGGAGUCCGGAGGUGCGUUCUGGCGUCCUCUCGUCAACCGUGCUCUUGUGGCUUUAGAGCUUUCGAAUGUCAUCAUGUUCCUGUGUGUUUGGGCCAAUGGUGGUCACCUGCGCGCAUACUUUGUCAUUCCUUCUUUGGCGCUUGUUCUUAUAUUUAAGGCCUGGUGCCGUAUCGUUUACGAUCCAAAUGCUUCGUACUUGUCGCUUAGGGAUGAAGAGUCUGUUCUUGACAACAAGAUGUCUGAGGCCUCGAAAGAAAUGGCUGACAUUGAGUUUGGUCAUCCAGCACUCUACAAGCCUCUCGAUGUCCCCAUUGUUCGUGAAGAUGCAAAGAAGUUACUGCCCGUCGUGUACAAUGGACGUAUCGAGAAGGAUUCGGAUUCGGUUUCCAUAUCGGCAAAGUCUACGGACGACGACUCGUUUAUGCGUCCGUCUAUCGACCGUCCUCCUAUGGAUGAAAAACGUCUGUCGGAAUUUGUGCAGCGUGUCAAGUACGUCAACGUUGAGGACAUCAACGACAUCCCGAUGGACUCGAACCGGAACAGCCUUACGCUUUCCAAGUCAGGUAAAGAUGAUGUUCAAUCUAUUAUUCUUGAAGCGUAUGCAUCGGGUGACAAUGAUGACAGAAACGAAGCUGCUGCUGCCGCUGCUGAUGAUGGAAGUAUGUCGACUGUUUCCAUCCAGUCUGCGCUUCCCCCUCAGGGCUCUUUGCGUGCACCGCCCACAAACGAGUCUGAAACAAGUAGAUCAUCCUUGCUUCAGUAUGCUCAAGACCCUCCUAUGGUUCUGCAGAAGUAGAAAAGCUGAGGCUAGCCUGAUGGCGUUCUCUUUUUCGUGAAAACCACUCAUUACUGUAGAUUUCCGUUUUGUUCUGCUCAAGACUGCACCCUACCGGUGAGAUUGAAUGGUUGUCAAAUCUGCGAAUGUUUUAUUGAGGUAUCACCCCCGUGCUUGUACUAUUAUGUGAUUGCUUCUGCAAUGAUAGCUGCUACGUGUUUCUGACUAGCUAUCUCUACUAUCCUUGUUUAGAUGUUCUGUUUUCUGUUUCUCUCCCACCUACUAGCGGAUGGUAACUACUUGAAGUUUCCUUUAGCAGUUUGACAAUGCUGUCUCCGCCUCUCCCUUUCUAAAUUGUUGUUUGCAUUCCCCAGGAUCACAGCAAUGGAGUGUGAUCCUAUCAUCGACUAAUCAUACCUGUUACAUACACAUCCUUGCUAUUUCACCGAGCAAGUAACGUAAACGGACUCAAAGAAACAUCGUGUCGCUGAAACUGUGCAAGGUAAACGUGAAAACGAACAUGAAACUUGAGCCCAACCAGCCGACAAAACAAAAAAGCUAAAACUGGCAUGCACAAUCAUGCGUGCUACUCAAGAGUAUUUACCGCUGGCAUCUCGUCAACUUUUCUGUAACCAUGUCCGUCUUUUAUAUGUCAAAUAUUGUUCCUAUCAUUCAACCUAAAAUGCUCGUCUAUUUCUGCUCUAAGUAGUAGGGACCAUUGAAACUUCUUACAGUUCACUGAACGUUACUGAAACCCAACCUUGCUCAACUUCCUACUGGGUAUAAACCGUAUCGACGGCCGCUAAACAUUACUAACAGCACUAGUCAUUACGGGUCCGGCAACCCGACAAAACGUUCACACACGCACACACACUUAACCUCAAUGAGCUCUCGCUAGGAGCAUCCGAAUAACGCGUUCCAGUGUUCUACUCAAACUCUGGUGCUUUGGCCAAUGCUUGUUUUCUGUCCUCCAUAACGGUCUCAGACGGCCCAAACCUGCGCCCAUAAAAUCGCGUGGUAUUAUGCGCUCACAACUAAACUCGACUGAUUUUCUACCUCUAAACGCGCUUCGCUCAGCUUCUGUUUACCUUUGUCGGCCGAUUUUAUCGGCAUAAUCGGCAAACCUAUGAUAUCAUCAAGUAAAGUAACGAGAUGUGAUGCAUGAGUGGACACAUCCGUAUGCUGGUUGGAAGGUCGUACCCUCCAGCACCUACCAACAGCGCUUACCUGAUUUCAACCCACAAAAACCAGUUUCUUCCUCUACACACCACUCUGCUAG